UUUUGCAUCAUUAUCACACAUCGGAUAUGCUGCAUUGAGAGGUUGACCUGCUUAUAGGUUACACUGACCUAGCAGCCAUCCGCCAUGUCUAAGAUGAUGAUUCUCUACGGCCACUCCCAGAGUUCCUGCACCUGGAGAGUGAGAAUAGCUCUGGCUAUCAAAGGAAUGCAAUAUGAAGAAGUUUCCAUGACGGAUGAUGCAAUGCUAAACUGCCCCGCCUUCUUGAAAGCCAGCCCUUUAGGACAGGUGCCUGCUCUUAUUCAUGGCGAAUCGUGUUUGACGCAGUCGAUAGCCAUCAUAGAGUACCUGGAAGAAAUACAACCCAACCCACGGCUGCUGCCAGUGGACCCAGUUCUAAGAGCGAAGACCCGGGCACUGGCGGAGACAGUUGUAUCAUCUAUCCAGCCAUACCAGGGCAGCAAUGACACCUUGGUGUCCAGAGUUGGAGGGGCAGAGAAAUUUAAGGAAUGGGCCGAAUUUUGGAUUAAUAGAGGGUUUGCUGCCAUUGAAGUGAUGCUGAAAGAAACGCAUGGGAAAUGCUGUGUUGCUGAUGACGUCACCGUGGCGGAUCUGUGCAUGGUGCCCCAAUAUAACAACGCCGUCAAUAGAUACAAUAUUGAUGUCAGUCGAUAUCCAACGAUGUCGAAAAUAGCAGACCACUGCUUAAAACUGGAACCGUUUUCCUCAACAAGGCCAGCAGUUGUGUAGAUGCUUGGUGUAGCAGGAGACACCCAUUUCAAACACAGUGAUAUUAUUUACUGUGUUAACUGAUACAAUUUUGAUAAAGGUUUUUAUUCAA